AUGGAGUUAGACACAAGGAGUGUGACCUCAGAACCAGCCUCUCCACUCAAGAGUCCAGGGGAGGAAAAGAUGGAGGUCACUUCUGAACUGAGCAGCUCAGACUGGCAGAGCAGGGACAGUGGGUUCUUUGAAAGAGGCAUUAAAACCAUGUUAAGUAUCCGGAAAUCAAGACGGAGUCUGAAGAAAGAGAAAGGGAAGGAAGAUAGUGGCACUUGGAAUGCAAAAAGGCUUCUGCAAACACUCAGGAGCUAUGAGGAGAACAAACCCACAAUCUGUAAUAGCAUGGAGAAGGCUGGUGAAAUAUGUGAGCCCAUUGAAGCAAAACCUCUUUCAGUAAUGGAAAUCAAUGAACUCAUUCAGAAAAGACAACUUUUGCAAGCAUUUGCAAGUAUCAAGCUAAUGGAAGAUGAGACCAUCUCUGAGCGGGAUUCUGAGAAAUACAGAGAUAACCCCCAGGAGCUUGUACGGAAAUCCAAGGAUGUGGAUUUGCUUUAUAACUCCAUCACAAAUGCAAUCAAGUCCAUAGUGGAGGAAACACUGGAGGAUCCCACUUUACAGCAUACCAUGCUGACCUCCAUGGUGACUUUAAUUGCCCUUGAAGAAGCAGCUCAUUCCAGCACAGACAGUGCUGCUCGUCCUGGCUCAGAUUUGCUGGGCAGGCCCAGAAAGUGGAGGGAGCAAUGGAGGGAAGCUGUCAAUGAGAGUGCAAGAAAAAGAGUCCUGAAGGCACCCAUGGCAUCAAGGGAAGAAGAAACUUGGCUUGAUUUCCACUUACAUUUCCUCCAGGAACACCUGAGGGAAGAUUUACUGAAAAUCAAGUCAUCAGUGAAAAAAUGCUAUCCAGAGGAGUACCAGGUGUGUGACACAUAUGUGGGAGCUUUUCACAAUGCCGUUGCCUCACAUUUGCAAGAACUCUCCCAGGGACCAUUGGACUUCCAUGAGCUCUACACCUUGCUUAACUGGGUGGCCAACACCUACCACAGUGAAUUCUUUCUGGGUCAUCCUGAGCUCAAACCAGAGGUUAAGACAGAAAACCUGUCCUUGCUGUUAACACCAGCUGAUUGGGAUAAACUGAAAAAUGACUACAUUGCUUCUGCAAAGGAGAAAAUCAAAAGUUGUUUUGGAAACAUCCUGAGACUGGAGGUCACGGAGAAGUGGGAGAAGGAAGUUCAUUUAGAAGAGGAGGAAAACCUCUACCACGCCUCAGUCUCUUUUGAUAUUCAAACGAUCAUUGGGGAGCACGUGAAGUCAUCUGGAACUAUCAGUGGAGGCCUGGAAACAAAAAUGCUUGAGUUGUGCAUGGCAGAGCUGCUUGAAUUCAUACCAAGGUUUGAGCAGGAGUUCAUGGCGUGGAGCUCUGCCCAGGACAGCCCCAGCUUUGUGCCCCACCUUGUUGCCUACAUCAACAGCUUCCAUGACCUGGUGUCAGGGUUGGAAACAGUGUUUAAAGUCAAUACUGAGGAACUGCAGAAGAUUUUGGCAACUCUGACAAGGAACUUCACAAACAUUUUUUUAACAAAAUUAAGAACAAAAACACAGCCACUCCUUAAGAAAAUCCUGAGCAAGAGCUGGAUUUUGGCGACGGAAAGGCCGGACUCUCUGGCGUCGGCAGUCUCGCAGUUCUCCGAGCACCUGCAGCAUAUGAGGGAGCCUCUGGGGCAGGACCUUCUACAUGAAGUUCAUAAAUAUGUGGUGAAGGAAUAUGUCACACAGAUCAUCAAGCCCAGAUGGAAAAUGAACAGGGACACACGUCAGCAAGUGAGCAGAAAGAUGAGCCAGGAAGCUGCAAUCAUUCACAAUGCACUCAUUGAUCAGGGCUCCAAAGCUGACUGGCUCCUCCCUGUCAUCUAUCACAUUGCCAAUAUCAUUGGGGAGAAGAAAAAAGACAAGAUCAAGGCAUAUGUCAAGGAGCUGUGCCAGGACUAUCCAGAUAUCAGGAAGGAGCACAUCCUGGCCAUCCUGGCGCUCCGGGUGCUGGGGCGCACCAGGAGAGCGGCGAUUUUGCGGCAAGUGUGCCAAGCCCAGGAGAGCUCCAGCGGAGGGAAGGGCGGCGCAUUCUUUGCUGAAAUUGAUGUUCCAGUAAUCUGCAGCUGCUUCUAA